CCCAUACAAUGUCUGUAGAUAACCGACUUUCACAUCCCUCCGUCUACAGCACACUGGCCACUGAAUCAACACCAUGCAUUUACAUAUACCUUCAUGCACUGAGCAGGCACUGUGAUAACCUUGCAUUUACUCGUGCUAGGAAAAAGGAAUAACGAAGUGUAGACAGAAUAUAAGACAAAGAUGAAAUUACUCUCGUUCUUCUUUGCCUUCUCUAUAGUGAAUUUAGUUUGGAUUGUAGCAGUCAACCGGAAGAUAUUCAGGUACAUGUAUGUCAGAAUGGCCGCCAAAUCUCUGGACAUCUGCAUAGUAACCGAGGAAAAUUUAGAAAAUGCAUUUCAAGUUAAUCUGGGACUUUUGCCAAUUCCAAAUAGAACGGAGUUGUUUAAAGAGGUCGCCACCGGAGGCCGAUGGGCACCUACGUCAUGCAAGCCUAGGGACCACGUGGCCAUCAUCAUCCCUUACCGUGACAGACAAGAACACCUGGAUGUUCUCCUCCAAAAUCUACAUCCUUUUCUACAAAGUCAGAAGUGCCACUACCAGAUAUUUGUCAUUGAGCAGGCUCACCCAGAACCUUUUAACACGGGGUAUGCCAAAAAUAUUGGAUUCGUCGAGGCUAGUGCCAUGUUUGAUUUCACCUGCUACAUAUUUCAAGACGUGGAUAAAAUCCCUAUGAACAAUUCACUGCUCUAUAGAUGUCCUCCUGACAGAGUUUUUCAUUUUGCCUCCGCUGAGGACAGGUAUAAUUACAGCCUGUUGUACCCAAACUACAUAGGAGGAGCUAUUGGAUUCACUCCUGACACAUUCAAGAAAAUAAACGGGUUCGCUAAUAAUUUCAUACGAUGGGGAGGAGACGACGACGAUCUUUUUCACAGGAUUGUCGCUCAAAAAGUUCCCAUUGAGCAUGCGCACACACAUAUGGGAAUGUACAGGGUUUUAAACCACACGCAUCCACCUGGCUACGACAACAAGGAGAAUUUCAAAAUGAGCCAGUUUGCAUCGAAGCUGUAUAAGCAAUACGGGACGAUGAUUGAUGGACUGAAUACAUUGAACUACACCCGACUAGCAACAGAGUAUCGACCAACUUACACGUGGAUAAAAUUUAAUGUUGACCAAAACAGCAUGAUGAAGACCGUAUGGAAGGGAAUAAUGGACACCAAGUAUGACAAAGAGGUCAAUAAUACCUACUGGGCAAUAAACUACGAACGUGCUCAUGAAAUGUUUCCUAAGGUUAAAAAAGAAAUCAAGAGGAAAACACGCGACCCUGCACUUACCUUUCUGAGGAAAAUACAACAGCAAAGAAAAGUUCGCACUAAGAGCCCAAACUCACAACGACAUUAGACUUAUAAUUGACGUUUUGGUCUUCCCGCGAAAAAAAAUCCCAUUUUCAACGCCUGUUCAGUAAGGCAAAUAGUAUUGUUUACUAUAAACGGCCAGAAGACGUUUAAAUAAUACUAGAAUGAGGUGAUACUAUUCACAAUUAGAAAGGGCCCCUGAGAACGCAGUCCUACACCAAGGACCCUGAAGUGGUAAAGUGUGGUAGGGUGGAGGCAUCCACAGAACAAGGUCAAGGUCAUCGGCCCUGUUUCACCAUGGCGAAGGAACUUUUUAAAAAAUCUUGGAUCCAGAUGACGAUCCUGAUAUCUGAGCACCUCCAAAAUCUAAUAAUUUCUGGGCUACCCUAAAAAAAGGCCAUUUAUAUCCAUGCAUCCAUACCUUUUUCGGUUAGGGAGCUGACAAACAAACAAAAUAUCAAACAAACAAAAAGACAGACAGUCAGGCAGACGGACAGACAGACAGACAGACGGAAGUGAAAACAUAACCACCCUGGUAUUUCCAUAAUGAUCAUUAUGAUCAUUAUUCCAGUCUUGACCUCUGCGUGGUAGAGAAAGCACAGCAGGUGGUGAGCGAAUGGAUUGUACAUUUAAAGGGAUAAUAACUGUUCGUUUUGGCGAAAAAAAAUGAAUUUUCCCGGAGUAAACAACAAU